AUGUCGCCGCCGCCGCCGCCGCCGCCGACCGCCCGCCGCCAGGAUAGGAUGAAAUAAUAAUAAUAGUAAUAAUAAUAAUAAUAAUAAUAAUCCAACCUCGGAGAGUUUGUUGAUCUCCGGAGCGCGCGCGCUGCUCGGUCUCGGCCUCGCUGCCCUUCACCCUCGCGACGUCGCCCCACCCAAUCCCGUCACGAACAGCCGUCGCCGACGACACACGCACACACACACGUAGUAGUAGCAAAUACGUAGUAGUAGUAGUAGUAGUAGUAGUAGUAGUAGUAAGAGUAGUAGUAGUAGUAGUAGUUGCCGUCGACCUCAACGCGCGCCGCCGCCGCCGACAUCCGAGAACGGAACACACGGGACGACAUCGCGCGCCGCGGUCGACCGUGAUCGGACCACGCCGCCGAGUUCCCCCCCGUCUCCACCGAUUGCACCUUUGUUGUGCGUCCGUGCGCGUGCGUGCCAACGUACUUGCAUCGCAUGCACCGCAUAGACGCAGCAGCAGCCGUCGCCGCCGCCGCCGCCGCCGCCGCCGCUGCCGAGCACGUAAACACAAGAAAUGCGUACGUCUCCGACGGGUUAGACGUGGUGUGUGUGUGCGUGUGCGUGUACGUGUGAGUGAGGGAGCCAAACCGUACCCGCUGCGUACGAGUGAACCAACGCUAGUCAUCAGUGUACGUGUGAGUGAGCGGCCGUGUGUUCGCGCGUGCCAGUGUGUGUGUGCGUGCGUGUGUGUGUGUGUGUGCGCGUGAAUGCAAUUCGGCGAGGCGAGCGUAUAGUUUGCGGCGGUGCAUACAUGUAGUAGGCAUAUAAGCGGCAGUAUAGUAAGUACACCACCACUAUAUCGGACGGCAAAAUGGCUGGAGAAGUGCGAUUCCGAUUGACCGACAACCUGGAUCCGCUUCAGACAUUGGAUAUUUGCCACGAGAUUGUCAACAUGACAUUUUGUUCAUCAGACAGACAAUUUACCUUAAAAAAAUGUUCAAAAAAAAGAUGUGUUGAUAGAUAUGAUAGCUCAGAAAGUUCAGAUAGUGGUGUUGCAACAUUUAUUACUGAGCUUGGAUCACCGUUGACUCCAGAUAGUCGGGUUAGUGAGUAUUCUAUUCCUUCUCCAGAUGAAUGUGAACCCGUAAUGCCACCCCCACAGCCUUUAGCAAAUUCUGCUGAUGAAAUUGAUUUAGCAUGUUGGCCAUGGAGUGAAGAAUGGGCUGCUGAUUGUUCUAAUAUUGAAUUAUUUUCUGAUGCUUGUGAUACUACUGAUUAUUGCAAGACAGAUACAAACAUCACCAAUAUUGAACUUGACCAAAAUGUAAUUGAGGAUGACUCUUGUAAUGAAAAAUUAAAUAUUUUUCAAAAUUCAUCAAAAAUAAAUGAUUUGUUCAAUUCAUUACCAUUAGCUCAAUGUAAACUUAUAGAGUCUUCCGAUAUUAAAUCUGAAUGUGACUUUGUUCCUGCUAAAAAGUUUCUUGUGUCUGAUGAAGAAUCACCAACAAAAUUUACACUUCGUAGUUCUGAUGAACAUUUUUCUAGUGACAUAAUUACAUCACUACAAUCCAAUAUUUUAGAUAAUAAAUGUUUACUAAAAGAUGAAGAGUCAUUGUUAUCUUUACAAUUCCCAUCUUGUACCCCCUCAACGUGUUCAGAUAGUUUUGAUGAGACUGAUUUUAAACUGUGUGAAGAUCAUAUAGAUAACAGUAUUUCAAUCAAAUACAUAAAAGAUGAAGGUGAAAAAUUAAUUUGUGAAGGUUUAAUUGAUACACCUUCAACCAAGAAUUUCAAAUUAAAUAAUAAUAUUUCUGAUGAUGAAAAUGACUCGAGUAGUCCACAUAAAAAAUUAUGUGUAGAUCAGACAAUUAAACUGCCAAAUAAAGGAAGGUAUUUUAUGAGAUCGUCUUCUGGUUCUUCUCAUGAUUUAUUCAAAUCUAAAAUUCCUCAAUUGUUGGACCAAAAUAAAAAUGUACAAGAUAAUUUAAAAUCACCAUCAACAAGAUUGAAUUGUUCUCUUCGAAAUCCAAUCAAUAAACAGCAGUGCAACAUUAAUGGUUCAAUAAAAAACAACGAACAACUUAAUUAUUCUUCAACUCAAUUAACUUCAGUUGGUUUCAAUUCUAAUAAAAUUAGAUUUCCAAAGUUGGAUAGUCAUUGGAUUUCAUUAAGAGGAAAUAUUAUGUGUCGUUGGAAUAACUGUGAUUGUCAUUUUACUGCUACUGCUAAGCUCAUUGAACAUCUCCAGGUAAAACAUGUGAAUUCUCAGACUUUUAGUGAAAGUUUUGUUUGUUUAUGGUCAGACUGCAAAGUAUUUAAUAAACCAUCUUGUUCACGUUCAUGGCUAGAGCGUCAUGUUUUAAGUCAUGGAGGUAAUAAACCAUUGCAGUGUAUUGUUCAGAAGUGCAGACAACGUUUUAGUUCUCAAAUAAUGCUUGAAAGGCACGUGAAUCAACAUUUUAAGGCUUCUAGCAAUAAAGAGGAUGAAGGUGGUAUCAAUGGUAAAUUAAUAAGAAGAAAGGGAAAGAAAUUACGUCUUCGUAGGCAACCAUUCACUGCAAGAAAAUUUGAUUACUUUGAUCAAGCUACAAUGAUGGAUUUACAAAACCAGUUAUUUUUGAGUACACAGAAUAGUCAACAAGAUUUUAUUGAUUACAGCAGAAGAGCCAUUAAAUUUCAAUCUAAUGUCAUUGCUAGGAGAAUAUUAGAAGGAAGCAAAAAACAAGAAGUGUUGAUGCGAUGGUUUCCUCCUAACAUAUUAGAAGAUGAAUGGAUCACUUGUGAUAAAAAAACAAAUGUGGAUGUGAUUGAACGCGUUGUACCUAUUAUGUCAAUGAGCACAGAAAACCGAGAUUCAAUUACUAAACUGUUUGGUAAUAUUUUUCCACCUUCAUCUCGACGUUCACGUAAAUGAACAUUUUAAUAUUGCUACUUUUUUGUAAAAGAAGCUACUUUACAAAAGGUGUUCUUAGUUUUUAUUCUUCAACAAUUCUUGUGAUAUUUUAAUGUAGUACCUAAGUAAUAAUUUUAAUGUACCUACGUGUCUUGGUUAUACAAAUUUUAUAGAUAAAUAAUGGUACAAAUAAGUGCCUCGAAAUAGUAUUAAUUAUUAUGUGAUGCAAGUUUGUUUUCACCAUAAAUUAAUUGUCUAUAAAUAUUAGUUCAUUUAACACUAUACAUAUCAUUGUGGUCAGGCAAAUCAUUAGUAUAUUAUAAUAUAAUACCACUACUUGCAGAGUACUUACAUUUAUUUUUACUUUAAAGUGUGUAUUAUAUUAGUCAUUUUGUUUUGUAUAUACUAGUCUAAAUAUGCUCUGUAGUAAAAGGUUUAUAUUGUUAUAUUCCAUGCAUUUGUCUACAAACGUGAAAUAUGCAAUAAGAGUGACCAUUAAUGAAUCAAGAUAUAUACUAAUUUUGUACUUUAAUAAUUAUUAGAUCUAUAAUGUUACUCGAAUCUUCUGUUAUCUAGAAUCAUAACAUUUAUAUUUUUAUAAAGAUAUUUAAAUAUAUAUAUUUUUCUAAAAUCGUAGGAAAAUAAAUACAGACUAAAUAUUUAAAUGUGGUACUGACUUAUAAGUGCCAUUUAAAUUUCAAUGACUGAUGGAAUUAUUUCUUAGACAUUUUCACAGUAAAAUUAUAAACUAUUCGUCAAGUAUUUUUUUUUUUUUUUUAUUCAAAUGAGAACAUUUUUGUAUUUAUUUAUUUUUCUCUAGAAGAACAUUGUAUUACUAAUAUAUAAUUUAUUCAAAUAAUAUUUCAUGACAGAUCUCAAUUAAUUGUACUUGAAGUAGUAUUAAUAAAAUAAUUACUCAUCAAUAAUUUCAAGUUUAUUAUACCAAUACCAUGGGUUUUAUAAUUUGCUUUUUAAAGUAAUUUAUUUUAAACGUAAAAUACGAUAUGUACCUAAUGCAAAUCAGAUUUUUACUAAUAGUAUUAUUGUUUAUUUUUUUUAAAAAUAUUUUUCUUUUAACUCUAAACUACAUAAUUAAUGUGUACAGUAUAGGUAAAUAAUUUGUUAUUGGUUAAUUAGAAAAUGAUAUUUCCAUUAAAAACUAAUAUAUGUGUAUAAUAUAUAUCGUUAAAAUUGUUUACUGGGACUAGAUCAAUUUAGAUAUAUUAACUAAUAUAACGUUUUAAUACGUAAAGGCAAUAUUCAGUUAAAAUGUAUUUAAGAUAAAAAUGCAUAAUAUAAUCAUUAAAUACAAAAUUGGGAUUAGUUCAUUUGUUGAUCAUUCAUUCACUAUUUUAGUCACAUUUUUACAAGACUGCAAAAUGUAUCUUAUCACGUUAAUCUCAUAGUUAACAUUACCAGAUAAAUUAAUUUUAACUGUGUAUGGUAUAUAUAUAUAUACAUGAAAUUACUCUGUGCAUCAUUUUUAGAAUUUUAUUCAGACACUUUUUUUGUGUCAUGAAAUUUAUACCAAAUGAAUUAUUGAUUAAUUUUUAAUAUUAUACAAACACAUCACAUUUUUUUGAUUUAUGAUUUAUAAAAAUUUGAAAUUAAUAAUUUUUGUCAAACUUUUAUUGGCUACUAUUUUUUUAUAGAAUAAAAUAAUUUUAAAUUUGUAUUUUAUAAUUUUUAGUGAUUCUUGAUAUUUUUUCAAUUGUAAACAUUUUAAUGGAAAAAAUAUUAAUUUAAUUUUUGUUUACUCAUAUAAUUUUUAGAUUUAAUUGCCAAAAUGUAUUACCAUAUAAUAAUUUUCAUUGAGCAAUAGAACUUAAUUUAUCUGAAGACUUUCCUAUCAAUUUUAACACCAGUAAUGUAAAAGAAAUGGUUACAAAAAUAUACUAUUUGUAUCCAUGGAAAAAAAAUGUAUUAAAGUUUUAUUGUUGACUUUUAUAAAAAUGACAAUAAUUCAUUUAUUAAAAGUUUAUUUUCAUCAUUUUUUAAACGAACCAUUUUCAAAAAACAUGUUUUGCUAUGCACAAUUUUGUUGAAACAAUAAUAAUGAUUUAUAUAUGUAUACAUUUUUAUGAUAAAUGAUUAUUGCAUUUACCUUAUUUUGAGUUAGUUAUUUUAAUUAAUAUAAAAUUGUAUUUAUUAUUUAAAAUGCAUGGUAUAUUCAAUUUACCAAUUAUACCAUGGCCAAAUGUGGUGUUCAUAUUUUAAGGUCAUGUGUAAUAAAAAUCAUUUUAAAAUCUAUUAUUUAAAUUACAUGAUUAUAUUUAAGAAAAAAAAUGAUUGAAUUAGGUUAAUAUUUAUGUAUAAAAUACUAAAAUUGUAUGUUUUGAGUCCUUUUGAAUUUACUAAAAUAAUUUUAAAUUUAAUACUGUUUUGAGUGAAUUUAGUGAAUUAUAAUUUUUAAAUAUCCAGUGAUUAAUUAGUUUAUUUUCUUUUCUUAUAUCUCUAUACUUUUCUGUAUUUUUUUGUUAGUUUUUUUUUUUUAACUUUUUUUUAGUAGUAUUUAUUUUAAUCUAUUUAUUUUUUGUAUUACAUUAAACUAUAAUUCUAGUCUUAGUUACAAUUGUAAUUUAAUUUCUUCUUUAUUUGAUAUCUUUAAAUACUAUAACAUUCAAUAGUAUACUUAACUAUAUUGAUUAUUAAUGCCAAUAAUAAUUCAUUAAUAUUCUUCUAUAAAGUUAUAAAAUACAAUAAUGACAAACUAAUACAAUUUACCCAUGUCCUACAUUUUAAUAAAUAGUGUAAUUUUACUAUUUAUACUUAAAGACUGAAUAACACUGCCAAAUUUGUUAAAGAUCUUUAACAUAGCUUAAUUCAAUAUAGUUAUAAAACUAUACUAAAAUACAUUUUAUUAUGAUUGAACGAUAGACUCUACAUUUUCCAAGGUGUUCAUUUUUAGUACAUCAAAAUUAUUUUUAAACGUUUAGUAUAUACCAAUUAAGUAGAUUAUUAAAAAAUAUACAAUUUUGCUUUAAUUAUUAUUUAUUUAUUUGUUUUUUAUUUUAAUUUUUUUAAGAAAUUUAAGACUUACUAUAAAAAUUGAAGUAUUACAAAUAGGUAUGAAUAUAGUAAACAGUGAAUAAGUAAAUUCAUUUUUGAGCAAGUUCUCAUCUUAAAAUUAUUGGUUCAAAAUGUAUUAAAAUUAAUAUUUUAUUAUUAUCAUUUUAAGCUUUGGCAAAAAGACAUGUAACAUCUGAAAUUAUUUAACAUAAUAUUGUAUUCAACAUUUUCUUCCUUUGUAUAAAACAAAAUAUUUAAAUAUAUUUUCAUGAAUAGAAUAUAAAAUUUUAUUUUGUAUUAAAAUAUUUUUUAAGCCGUGUGAUUGUUUUAUAUAUUACUUGUAAACAUAUUAUGAAAAUUUUUGUUUUUUUUUUUUUUUACUAUUGUCAAAGUAGUAAGUAAUAUUAAUAUAUAAGUAAUGGUGUGAUACAUACUUUACUGAUACUAAUUGUAUAUAAUUAUUUAUAAAUAUUAUACAUGUAUGUAUUUGUAUACAUAUUUAGUUAGUUGUGUUCAAUAGUAACAGUAAUUAUUUUUAUUUAUAAUUUGUAAGAACUUUAUUAACAUUAAACAAAUACAAAAUAAAUAAUGAUAGUUUUAAUUUAA